AUGUACUCCGCGGGCGGCACGAUCGCGCACCACCUCGCCGUGCGCGCUGGCAGUGGCAGCGGCUCAGCCGCGGCGGAGCCAGAGCCAGGCCUUGUGACGGUCCGCGGCUACGUUCUGUUCAUGCCGUUCUUCGGCGGCGUCCGGCGCACGGUCUCGGAGGCCGAGUGCCCGGAGGAGGCGUUCCCAAACCUGGACCUGGUCGACCGGUUCUGGCGGCUGUCGCUGCCGACCGGCGCCACCAGCCCCGACCUGGGCUCGGUGGACUUCCCGCCGGUCCUCGUGGUGGUCGGCGGCCUCGAGAGCGGCUGGUGGCGAUGGGCAAGCCCGUGGAGCUCGCCGAGUUCGCCGGCAAGCCCCACGGGGCACGGGUUCUAUCUGCACGAGCCAGCGUCCGAGGCCACCGGCGAGCUCAUCCAGACCGUCGCCCGCUUCAUCGACGGCUGCGGCGCCAUCACUGCGUCAGAGGCUGCUGCUUAA